AUGUCUUGCAAAGCCGCAACCAAGGACAAGAAGUCGAGCUUCAGCAAGAAGCUGUUCAGGCGAGGCUCUGUGCGCUCUGCCGGCAGCUUUAUGAGCAGAGUCCUGAGGACACUGACAGCGUUAUCACACUUUGGAUCUGAAGUGCAAACAGAAGAUGACAAAGAUGAUGGGGGAUUUUCCACUUUUAAAUCUGGUUGUAAAGAUGUGCCCAUGGAUGAUGGGGACCUCGCCGGUCUUCUGUCCGGAGAGAGAGUCCCUGGAGUGUCAGGUCUCAAAAACCACGGGAAUACCUGCUUCAUGAAUGCAAUCCUGCAGUGUCUCAGUAACACUGAACUCUUUGCUGAGUACCUCGUUUUGGAGCACUACAAAGGCGAGGAGCUGGAUGACGACAGACCAAAGACCAAUGGUGUACUUCUGCAGAAGAAGGUUCCUUUGGCCAAAGGAGAAGUCACAGAGCAGCUGUCAGGACUUGUGCGGGCUUUAUGGACGUUUGAGUAUACCCCGCAACAUAGCAGGGAUUUCAAGAAUGCUGUGUCGAAAAAUGCCACCCAGUUCAAAGGGAACGCUCAGCAUGAUGCUCAGGAGUUUCUGCUGUGGCUGCUGGACAGAGUACAUGAGGACCUCAACACAGUCAACCCCAACAUCCGGCCUGCUAUAAAGCCACCUAUUGAAGAAGACGAUCAAAGCAUAGAGGGUCCAUCUCCUCCCCUCUCCGCUGGCUCGUUUGUACAAGAACUGUUUCAGGCUCAGUACAGGUCUUCUCUUACGUGCCCACAUUGCCAGAAGCAGAGCAAUACUUUUGAUCCCUUCCUGUGCAUCUCCUUACCGAUCCCACUGCCACACACACGGCCCCUGUAUGUGACGGUGGUUUAUCAGGGGAAGUACUCUCACUGCAUGAGGAUUGGAGUUGCUGUUCCCCUCAACAGCACCGUCUAUCGCCUCAGAGAUGCUGUGGCACGUGAGACCAAGAUCCCAAUGGACCAGUUUAUUUUGACUGAAAUGUACUAUGAUGGUUUUCAUCGUUCAUUUUGUGAUGAUGAUGAUGAUCUUGACAUCAUUCAAGAGAGUGAUUCCAUAUUUGCCUUCGAGACACCAGAGACCUUCAAACUGGAAAACAUACGCACAAAAAGAGGAAGUCUUCUGGCAAACCUGAAUCAUAACAACUUGAAGUAUGCAACAGAAAUCAGCAGGACUCCAUCUUUCAUGCAAGGGGCCAUGACUCCUUUAACUGCAUCACCUAAUAAAAUCCAGGGACCAGAAAAGAUUAUCCUUUUGGUGUGUAACAGGGCUUGUACCGGCCACCAAGGAAAGAGGUUCGGACUGCCCUUUGUACUCUACAUGGAGUGCACUGUGACCUGGGAUGCUCUACAGAAAGAGAUCGUGGAGAAAAUGCGUCAUCUUUUGAGGCCAGGGGUAUACAUUCGGGUUGGACCUUUCAGUCUUCGGGUGGUUGGCGUCGUUGGUAUCACCUACCUUCUUCCUCAAGAUGAGCGACCACUGUGUCACCCCACUGUGGAAAGAGCAUACAAGUCCUGUGGACAAGGGGGCCCACCACAUGUGAAGAUUGUUGUAGAAUGGGACAAAGAGACCAAGGACUAUCUGUUUGGACACACUGAGGAGGAGUACAUUCCUGAUGCUGAGAGCGUGUAUCUGCACAGGGAGCAACAUCAUCAACCGCAGGCCUGCACUCUUGCUCAGUGCUUUCAGCUCUACACUAAGGAGGAGCAGCUGGCCCCAGAUGAUGCCUGGCGCUGUCCCCACUGCAAGCAGCUGCAGCAGGGCCGCAUUAAGCUCAGCCUGUGGACGCUGCCGGAUGUGCUCAUACUGCAUCUCAAGCGGUUCAGACAGGAGGGGGACCGGAGGGUGAAGAUGCAAAACAUGGUGAGGUUCCCACUGAUGGGCAUGGACAUGGCACCUCAUGUGGUUAAGAGAAGCCAGAGCAGCUGGAGUUUACCUUCUCAUUGGUCGCCAUGGAGACGUCCAUAUGGCCUAGGAAGGAACCCAGAUGACUACCUGUAUGACCUGUAUGCUGUGUGCAACCACCAUGGAAACAUGCAUGGAGGCCACUACACAGCUUACUGUAAGAACUCCAUUGAUGGUCAGUGGUACUGCUUUGACGACAGCGAGGUUUCACCAGUAGCUGACGAUGACGUGUGUCAGCAGUCGGCCUAUAUACUGUUCUACCAGCGGAGGACAGUUAUUCCCUCUUGGUCGGCCAACAGCUCUGUUGCUGGUUCCACUAGUUCAUCCCUCUGUGACCACUGGAUCAACAGGUUACCUGGCAGUAGGCCUGCUAGCUUGGCCUCUGGAGCCUCAUCCAGACGCACCUCUCUGGCAUCACUGGCUGAGUCUGUAGAGUUUCCAGUAGAACGUAAUGAAGAUGAUGGAGGAUUCUCUAUCCGCCCUUUUGUGAGGAGCAUUCAGCAUCAAAGCUUGUCCUCCAGGUCAUCCAUGGCUAGCCCUUUAGCCUUCAGCGACAGUGGGAUAAAGCCUUCUUGGUCUCUCUCUGCGAAGCUGCACAUGAGAUCUAACUCGCCCUCACGUUUCUCCCUCGACUCUCGAUGUUCUCCUCCUCUAGAGAGGAUAGGCGAGGCUUGUGAUGACAAAGUUUCCACGUCCUGUUUUGGCAGCUACAGUAGACAUGAACGCUAUUUUGGCAGCAGGACUCCCCUGUCUAUGAUGGAGAGCAACUUCAGUGACCAGGACAACAAUAAAAGGUUCCUAGACAUGAUAUACUGCAAGGCUCCCACUCCAGUGGAAAAGAAGAGCACCAAAAAUGAGGCAACUGAAAACAACAACCAGAUUACAGCUAUAGACCAAAACAUUCUACCCGCCCAAGCUACCCCCUCCAAAGAACAGAAAAGUAAGAGCAGCAUCGGAGGAUUUGCUUUAAAGGCAGAAAGCACAUGCUCCGUAAAGAGUUCCAGCAAAGUGGAUCAAGAGAAAACGUCCAAAAAACGUUUGUGCUCAACCCAUAAAACCUGCACUGCUGAGACUUCUUCCAGUACACCUGUGAAAGGCAAAAAGGCGAGCAGUACUAAAGAAAAGAGUGUAAAUGCCAAGAAAAGCACCUCAACACCCAGUGGAACUCCCUCCAAAACAAAGGAGACAACUCAACCCCUAGAUGCAACGCUGCAACGGAAGCCACUUGUCCGCUCCACACCUCAGUCCUCAGCUUCUCCCUCGCCAACUUCAAAGAAGGUUUCCAGUGUCACUGAGAAAAGCUCCACGGGUAGUCGGAAAAAGCUUGUAGAAAGGAGCUACAGCAGAGAUUCUAUGCACACCAGUCCCCAGGUUGACAGUGUCCGCGGCAGCUUGGUAGCGCGCUCUUCGCUGUCUAAGAGUGGGGAAAACAACCGGCCUGAGAGGAGAUCUGUGAGGAGCUCCAGCAGCAGUUCUUCUGUCACAAGCCUGCGCUCACCCAGUGUAUCCACCAGAGACCUGCAGCGCAGCAGCAAAUCUGAGGAAAAAGGGUUGUCUUUCUUCAAGAGUGCCCUCCGACAAAGGGAAAGCCGCCGGUCGGCUGAUUUAGGAAAAAGCACCCUGCUUGCCAAAAAGGCCUCAGAGAGGACAUGCAAGCAGAAUGGACAAGCCAAGGACAUCGGUAGUGAUACUGGAAAGACCGGAGAAGCUGUGUCUUCAAAGACACCUAUAGAGACUCGUGGAGGAGAGACAAAGUCCGAAACAAAGGAGUCUUCCAAGCCCCCCAGCUCUCUCAGUCGCACUCUAUUAAACGUUGGCAAGUCCAAGUCUUCCACUUCUGAAGUAAGUCUCAAGUCUCCCUCUAACGGGAAGAAGCCUCUUGAAAGGAUGGCAUCUUCCCGAAAGCUGUCCUCUAGCAUGCAAUCACCUGCACGUACAACAAAGAGGCCUCAAUGAUAUAUUCAUUGUAGUAACAUUGAAUUUACAUAAUGCAGCUAUUUUCUUUGUGCCUAAGUUUCAGUGAGCACCAGACAUAUUUUCAAAGAGACACAUUUUUGAUGUUAUGGUUUUGCACAUUGGCAUCAGAGACAUACGCUGGCUUUGAGGUUUGAAUUUUGGCAGCCGGCCUUAAGUAUUUUUUGCUGUACUGGAUAAAAAGUAAAGUACUGUACAUCACCUGUAUAUUUGGGUGCCAAAUAGUUGCUUGCUAUGCCGCCAGUUCUAGAUUUUAAAGCAGGGUUUAUUGUUACCAGUUACACCUAUUGAGCAUUAGGUAUGGUUCUUGAUGUGCGUGAGACUAUUGCUUGACACAGAAGUUUUCUGGCAUGGAAGCUCCAUGAGCAGCAUGCCAUAUGUAUUCAGCUGUGCAGCACAACCUUUUUUUGAUGGUGUGUACUGAAGGCUUAUAUGACAGCUGACAGAAUUCCCUCUUGGAAUCUUGAAAUCCAAUUAACUCUCCUUCAGACAAGAAGCUUGUUAUAUCUUUGAAGCGCUGCAAACAUUACAUUUAGUUUGCUUGUGAAAUAUCCUGCUGAUGGAACCAUAUUUAAAAUGCAGCAGCUUGUGCAUUAAAAGAAAGUAAUUGCAUAUGAAGCAUUUUCCUUGUAUGCACCUACAAUGCAUAAUUUGUCUUGUAGAAUAACAUAACACAAGAUUAAGAUUAAUUAGAUGACUUUUGAAACAUUAACCUCACUGCUGUUCUAUAAGCAGUUAAUCCUCAACAGUAGUGAGAACAGAACCGUAACAUCAAAAAAAGUCUCUAGACAAACACUGAAACUGAGUUGAUACUCACACCCAUACGCACACACACAUACAAAAGAGUUUCAUUCCGAAAUAAUAGUGGCUAAGCAUUCACAGUAGUUCUCAUUGAUUGUUUUAAGCAGAUCUAUCAGAUCAGAUGAUUUUAAA